AUGAAAGGUGUACGAUGUGCACCCAAAAAGGGAUGGUUGGCCUUUGGAGUAAAAUUGAGGUGCGGUGACGCCAAAAAGAUAGAAUUUAGGAAGAAGAAAAGUAAUGGCUGGGACAGCAUUAAUUUGUGGGUGAAGUUGGUGAUGGCAAAAGAGUGGAAACAUAAUUGCUAUCGGUUUACAUCCGUACAGAAGGAGGGAUCCAUGGUUGAGGAAUCAAAGACAGGUGGGGUGGAGAAAUCGAGUCAUGGUGAGGGUGAGUAA